AGUGGGGAAAUUGCAAAAUACCCAAAAGUUAUUUAUAAAAUGGCCAAUCUGAUAUAUUUCAGCAGUGACAUCAUUGGCAAAUGUUAUAAAAAAUGUGAGUUCUGACAGCUCGAGAGAGACGAAUCAAAGAGUGUGAUAAGUGAUUUAAAAAUAGCAAUCACUGGAAGCACAGAUUUAUAGAAAAAUUGUUCAUCACUUAUUACCGGGCGAGAAUAUCACUUCGGUAUUGAACUAGGAAAUGUACUUGAAAAGUGCUGUGAAACUGUUGCCGAGCAAUAACCAAUAUUUGAAGACGGAUAUACCUCUAAAUGGUAUCUUAAGUACGGGGCGUAAAAGUCUCAAAGGCCUUUUGGGGCUCGCUCGGUUUGCUAAACGUUAUCCAAUUUUGGGUGCCAUAGUUGGUGGGCUACUCGCGCUUAUUGGAAUAAUAAUGUGUCUAAGAAAGGUGCAUUGCUGCGACGAACCCGAGAAAGAACAAACGAAUGCCGUGGUUCAGCAAGGUGCAACGUAUCCGAGACAAUAUGCGGACUGCGAUGAUUCCGAGAAAGAACAAACGAAUGCCGUGGUUCAGCAAGGUGCAACGUAUCCAAGACAAUAUGCGGACUGCGAUGAACCCGAGAAAGAACAAACGAAUGCCGUGGUUCAGCAAGAUGCGAACCCAGAAGCGCAAAAUCUUAACACCGAAAGCAACUAAACUGGGUUUCUUCAAAUGAUUGACAUAAGGAAGAAAUGGCGAAGAAUUUGAAUGAACAGCUUUAAAAGGCGCGCAAGUUACAUACAAGUAUAUGAAUAUCCUGCAACAUAAACACUUGUUCACAAUAUAAUUUUACGAUCAAUAAAUUUUUAUAAAAUUGUCAGCAUUUAAACAACCAA